UACACUUCAAUUUUAGAGAUCUUAAUCCUUCCGACAACCCAAGCCACCCGGUUGUGAAGCCAUGGAAAUACCCACUUCGAAAGAAGACGCACCCACAAAACACAUCUUCAUCCUCUCCGGCCAGAGCAACAUGUCCGGCCGAGGCGGCGUGACCAAGCACCACCACUGGGACGGCGUUGUUCCGCCCGAGUGCCACCCCAACCCCUCCAUUCUCCGCCUCAGCGCCACGCUCCGCUGGGAGCCCGCGCGUGAGCCUCUCCACGCCGACAUCGACGCCAAGAAGGUGUGUGGGGUGGGGCCGGGAAUGUCGUUCUCCAACGCGAUGAGGGAGCGCGCGGGGUUGGUCGGACUGGUCCCCUGCGCGGUGGGCGGGACCGCAAUCAAGGAGUGGGCGCGUGGGGAGCACUUGUACGAGAGUAUGGUGGGGAGGGCCAGGGAGAGCGUGAAGGGCGGUGGGGAAAUCAGGGCCUUGCUUUGGUACCAAGGAGAGAGCGACACGUUGCAUCAGCAUGAUGCUGAGUCGUACCAGGUGAACAUGGAGAGGUUCAUCAACAACGUGCGUGAGGACCUCGGUUUGCCUUCACUUCCAAUAAUCCAGGUAGCAAUCUCGUCGGGGGAUGAGAAGUACAUGGAGAAAGUCAGGGAAGCGCAAUUCAGAAUCAAUCUCCCAAAUGUUGUAUGCAUUGACGCCAAGGGGCUGCCGCUCAAAGAAGAUAACCUCCAUUUAACCACGGAGGCCCAGGUUAGAUUAGGCCACAUGCUGGCUGAUUCCUACCUCACCAAUUUUUGCACCGCCACACCUUCCUCCUCAUCCUUUACUUGAAAGAAUGCAAAUCCAACUUGCUUGCCCUUCGACUGGCUUCAAGUGUCCAAAAACAAAUGGCUUAUUUUCAUCGUGCGGCUCUCUAAAUUGCUAUGUAUCAUUUGUAGAAUAAAGAUUUCUAGCAAUUUUGUUGUCCGAGUUCUAACAUUUUGAACAGCAAAUAUGAAAGAACUAAUAUAAAGUCUAUCUGUUUAAACAAAUUUUGGGUUGUUCACCCACUUGCUCGGAUAUAUGGGGCUCGUAAAAACUCUCUCAAAUUUAAUUUAUAUUCUCAUUUGUAUCA